AUGGAUAACUCAUAUAUAAGUCCUGCCGGUCCUAUGGACGAAGAAAUGAGGGAUAUCGCGGAAAUGGUGGAAAUUUCGGGGCCGAUAUUGAAGGAUCUGGGAGAACAAGAUUCAGAAGAGGGAGAGGGACAACAGGCACCAGAACAAAAAAAGGACAUCAUAAUGUCCUCAGACCCUAUCGACUCACUAGCUAAAGCACCAGAAAGCUUCGCGAGAUUCUCAUCACUCCCUAGAUGUGUCCAGUGGAUGAUCUGGGAAUUUGCCGUCGCCGACGUUGCAAGUAGGGUCAUUGAGUUCGAAGCGAACCUUCCAAAUAUCGACUGUAGAUCCAUACAGGAACUGAUCAGUACCGGACAUGCAACGAUGUUUUCAAGCUAUUUAGAUCAAUAUCCAAUGGUGGAUUACCACGGUCGUCUUACAUUCCGUUGUGCUUUUUCGACCGAAUUUCAAAAGGCUAAUGGAAAACCUCCCGCUCUCCUACAUGUCACUCACCUUUCUCGACAUGUUGCACGAAAAUCCUAUCAACUUUGCUUCUCGUCUUUCCUAGAAUGUCCCAUCUAUUUCAAUCCUCGGCUUGAUCUGGUUUAUAUCGAUUCAAUCAAAACCCUAGGGGAUAUUAGUUUUAGACAAAAUCCCUUUCAAAACGCAUCAAAAGAAGACAAAAAAUUGAUUACCUGCUUGGGAUUCGACGGUCCUUUCAGGAAGGAAUCACUUUGGUUGCAUUGCUACUUGCGAUAUCUAGUUCAAGAUUUAGCCAAUGUUCACCGUGUGGUGGAAUUUAGGAAAGAUUCGAGCUUCUUAAUAGAUUAUGACGACAGCAAUUCCGAAGCUUUAAGCUUUGGAGACUCUGAUGCUGGCAAUGAUGGCGAUGUCAAGGCUUCAGACAUUGGAGACUCUGAUGAUGGCAACGAUGGCGAUGACGAGGCGUCAGACAUUGGAAACUCUGAUGAUGGCAACGAUGGCUAUGUCAAGGCGUCAGACAUUGGAGACUCUGAUGAUGGCAACAAUGCCGAUGACGAGGCGUCAAACAUUGGAGACUAUAACAAUAUCAUUGAUAGCGAAGAUGAGGCGUCAAACAUUGGAGACUAUAAUAUUAGCAAUGAUAGCGAAUACGAUCCGUCAGACAUUGGAGACUAUUAUAAUAGUAGCAACGAUAGCGAAGACGAGGCUUCAAUUAUUAACUUUUUCACGUCUUACAACUAUCUUAAGAUUGGAAUCGAAAUUUAUCUAGAUAUGGAUAUGAUUUUUGGCGGGCGGGAAACGUGGAUGCCUUUGUGGGAAGAUUUCUUCGAUCGUGGGCUUUUGCUUCCAGACGCAUACGAGAAUCUCGAGCUUGAGAAUUUAGCAGUUGAUUGGGUGGGUCCAAGGGCAUACGAGGAGAUCGACGAUAUGUCCUCUCGUGAUUGGGUGCUUCCAGAACGAGAGAUCGUGUUUUACAAGGAGAUAAGUUUCCCGGAUUACAUCUCAGGCACAGGGAACUAUUCAAGUUGGUACUCUAACGAAAUUCUUCCACUAUAA